CUAUCCCAGAUGUUUUUGCCCAUAGUCAAUUAAUAACAUCUCAACUUAAUAACAUCUCAACUUAUUUUUACUUAUGUGCCAAUCUACCAUAUUUCUUUAUUCCAGCAGCUAAAGUACUACAGGAGCCCAACCCUGUUCCUUGCCCCUCCCCCAGUAAACAACACUGUGUAUGGGGAGUGGGAGAGAAACUUGCAAUGUUAGUCACUUUUUCAAGCUCUUCUCUGACAUUGCAGAAUAAGAGACACCCACAGUCCUUGUUUCCACUCUUUAUUUCCUGUCUUUGGGAGAACAUGAGUGUCUCAAACAGAUCACACAUUCCACAUAUGCAUCAUACUCUCAUGACUAUAAACUACUAGUCUGGCUCAAUCCCUGGUGAGUUCCCUGGGAAAUCAUGCUAGAGAUGGCUGAAGAAGUCACUUAUGCUGAUCUGAAGUUCAUUACACUGCAGCAGAGCAAGAAAGAAGAGUUCCACCAAACCAAAAACAAAGGUAAUACCACUCUGAAAUCUCAUUGGCGGUCAGUAGCAAUCUCUCUUGGGAUCUUCUGCUUGGUUCUGCUUGGAACAGCUGGAACUCUGGGAUUCAUGGUUAUGCAGGCAUCACAGAGAGUGAGCAGUCAGAAUGAGAACCUGACCUUGCAGAAAGAGAUGUUUGAAAAUCUUCUCACAGAGCUGAAUGUUCUCCAAGCCCAGAAUCUAAACCUUUCAGAGACUGUCCAACAACUGUCAAGCCACAGAGGUCGCCAAUGCAGCCCUUGCCCAGAAAAGUGGCUUCAGCGUGGAGACAACUGCUACUUCUUUUCAACCAAGUGGAACACCUGGGAAGAAGGCAAAUCUCAGUGCAUUACUCUUAACUCCAGAUUUCUUAAAAUAGAGAGUAAGGAAGAACUGGAGUUUAUUCUUGAAUCAGCACAGUCCUAUAAUUCUUACUGGAUUGGUUUAUUCCGCAGCAGAGCUGGAGGACCUUGGUUAUGGGAUGACAACAGCACCUUUAUCACUGACUUGUUUAACAUUCCUGAUGCUGGAUCCAGCAAUUAUCCCAUCUGUGCAUCUAUUCAGGGUGGGAAUCUAAUUGCUUCUGAUUGUUUAGGAUACCGGUUUAGCAUCUGUGAGAAAAUGGCAGACCCAACUAAACCUGACCAUAAGUAAGGUGGAAACUUAGGUCAUAAUGCUCUUCAUUCAUUCCAUUCUAAGGACUUCAGUCAAGAAUAAUAUGUCUGUGUGUAUGUCUGGGAGAGUAAUUGUACAUGUACAUGUGCAUAUCCUGUCAUACUCUCAUGCACAAAUGUGUACAUGCAUGUGUGUUACAAGCACGGUGAAGCACCUCUGUGUUCAUUGAAUGAAUACAUGAAGGAGACCAUGUGAAAUGGCCUCACUGACUUGAGAAUCCGCCAAUCUGUUUGUUAAACAUAUUGUUGAGUCUCUUUAGGCCAAGUAGUUUUGUAUCUACAUUAUCUUUUUCGUCUUUCAACAUUUUUUUCCUGUCAUCUUUUUAAAAAAUUAAAAGGCCAACAUAAUUAAAAAUAAAAUAGCAGCUAUU